GUUACCCCAAGACUGGCUGUUUACUCUAAGCAUUCAAAACGGGAGCACUGUUUCAAGAUGAACAAAAGUGUUCAGUUGUAAAUGCAGAAGAAAAGCUGAGCAGUGUUCGUAUUGAUGUCGGAAGCUGCGCUUCGCUCUGUUGCCAUGACUCAAGAAACACAGUUCCAACUUAAUCCACAAGACUGGAGUGAGAUCUCUGCUGACAAUUUUCAGAGUAGCCCAUUCAGCAUUGAUACACCGUACGGGUACCAGCUUGAUUUAGACUUUGUUAAAUACGUGGAUGAUAUUGAGCGAAGUGACACCAUUCGCCGACUGCAUUUUAACAAGCGGCCGGGGGUGGCAAAUGCUGCCUCUGAGCCUCAGCGCAUCCUAAACCCCACACACUGGACUUCCUCAGAGUCUCUGUCCUCAGUGAGCAGUGAUGAAGCCAAGAAACCCUCUCCCUCUUCGUCCUCUUCUUCUAUUAACAGUAGAAGACCCCCACUUCCCCAUUCCAAACCUAAAUCCUCCAGUAAAAGACCAGAGGUCCCUCAAGACCCAGUCACCUCUCAGAGGGAUGUACAUGGGAUGGCUACCCCAGCCACACAAAAUCCUACCCCAAACAAAGCAAAUCCCUUAGUGGAAAAGACUUUGAUGGAAACAUGCAAGCGUCUGGAACAUGAGAAAGGACCUCCAGAACCACAGCCCCGGCGUAGACUGGCCAGUUUUGGUGGUAUUGGCUCUAGUGGUACUCUUUCUCCAUACACAGGCUGGAGUGCCCUAAAUCAGGGUGCUAAGAUGACAGUCCUAGACCAGCCCAAGCAAGGUACAUUGUUAAUGGGGAACCCCCUUAAAAUCAGCCCCUCAAGCUCCGGCCGGGCAUCUCCAGUGAGCGGUGUGAGCCCACUCCACCUUCAGAUGGUCAGGGAUCAGAUGGCUGCUGCUUUACGGAGGUUAAAAGACCUGGAGGAGCAAGUGAAGGCCAUUCCUGUCCUACAGGUGAAGAUUUCUGUUUUGCAGGAAGAAAAGAGACAACUGACCGCCUUGGUCAAGAGCAAAGAUGAAACUCAAAAAUCAAGCUCUAGCAUUGACAAAAAUGUUCAAGAAUUGCCCAGCAAACCAGCGAUGGAGGGUUGGGAGCACAGUGCCAUCUCUGGCUUGACAGAUUUUCAACAGCUCAGUGUUGAAAUGCAGCUGCUUGAAAGGAAGAUCCAAGAUGCACGUGUUGAAUCCUCGGCUUUCAAGAUGAGGGAUCGAAAGUCUGUUGCAGUUGGAGAUGACAGGAGCAUCGAUGAAGUUGUUGUCAUUCAUCAAGACAAAUUAAAUUUUUGUAAGGAUGUUGCUGUUGAGGCCAAACUUGAGACUCAGUCAGUGGCUGUCAGCGUCACUGAGACUAUGCUCGGGGUGGUAUCCAACAAGGAAGCAGAAACCGAGCUGCACCAGCAAACCAUUCAGUAUUUAAGUGACCGGAUUCAGAUACUGGAGGCUGAGCUUAAAGAAGCAAUGUUCCAGGCAGAAAUGACUCGGCUGAGGAGUGAACUGCGGGAAGCAGAAACGAGAAACCGUGCCGACAAGAGUUCCUCCGCGCACCCACAGGUAAACUGCACUGCCACCCAGACAGGGUCGCAAACUCGGACUCUUGGGGUUGGAAACCACACCAUCCUUGUGGAUUCAGUUGUUGGAGGAGGACUAGAGCGGAUUUCCAUUGGUGUUGGAGUUUCCUGCAAACCUGAGGUGAAGGUUGCAUCGUCUGGCCCAGAUACACCUAUGGAAGAGUGGGAAAUGCGCAAAAGAGUAGAGCAAAGAGAUCAGUGUGUCGGAAGCAAGUGUGUGACAACACGCAGUCAAAGUGUUGGGACGACCGUGUGUAUGUGUGAUGCUGCUACAAUCACCUUAGAGACAAUGGAGAACAAGAGAAGCAUUUACAGCCAAACAGUGGGCUGCGGUUUCUCCACUGUUGAUUUGGAUGUCAGGUCGGUCAAAUCACUAAUAUCCCAAGGAACUGUCACUGACCCAGUUCGAAGGGUUGACCUGGGUGUAAUGGCAAUCCCACAGACUGUAUCUCAGCGUACCAGCACAGCCUUUUGCACCGUCUCGCGCAGCACCAGCACUUUGCAGGCCUGUAUCUCUGAAGCCAGCACCAACACAAAGCACACACUCACCAGGGAAAGACAUACCAACACAACACAUGCAAUGACCCGAUCUCUGGCAGUUGGCGAUAAGAAGGUUUGCAACUGUGUGGCUGCUGUUCAGAUGCGCUCGGUUGGAACCACUGCAUGCUUGGAUAGAGGUACAAGCACCCCUGCUGUUCCUAAAGUUAUGACACGUGACAUGGGUGUUGGAAUGGCAAAUAUCACUGAGAAUCUCCUCAUCGGACUCCAUACACGCAAUAUUGCAUGUGGUCCAUCCCGUCUGCCAGAUCCGGUCAAGACACGUAGCAUUGGCGUAGAAGUGGGGGACGGGAGAAUACGCAACUCCGAGGGAGAGAUGUUUGUGCAGAACGAGCCUGGGCUUGACCAUUAUAUAGAUCGCAUGCAAAAAUUACUUAAAGAACAACAGACCCUGUUAACCGACAGUCACCCUGGGUCAAAACAUGAGGUCAUUCUCCAGUCCCGUGGUGUUUUAGAUGAACAAAUUGGAGGCACUGCACGAAACCAAACAUCAAAUGAGACUUCAAGAGUUAAAGAAAAGAAUCAAAUGCAGUUGCAGAUGUCUGCUGCUCUUCAUGAUAUGCAGAAACUCUAUGGUGGCACAGAUGGUGGGAGCAACCAUAGGAGCACUGAUGGGAGUUGUGGCCCGAUGUUGCAGCCCCAGAGUACAGCAAGAAUGAAAACCCAUGGCGGAGUCGAUGGAGGGUGGAGGUGUUGUCCGCAUGGCCGUCAACAUCUGCAGGAUGACCGAAGGAGACAGAGCUGA